CCCUCCCGCAUGGCCGGGGAGCGGGCGGCGGGGAGCGCGCGGGGGGGUGGGGGAGCCGCGCGCGCGCCCGCGCCCGGUGGCGGGAGCGCGAGCGCGAGCGGCGGGAGCGGCGGGAGCGCGAGCGCGCUCCCCCCCCGCCCUUUCAUCUGCUCCUUCCCUGGCUGCGACGCCACCUUCAACAAGGCCUGGAGGCUGGACGCCCACCUCUGCCGGCACACGGGUGAGAGGCCGUACGUCUGCCAUUACGAGGGCUGCGGUAAAGGUUUCACGAGAGAUUUCCACCGCGCUCGUCACCUUCUUACGCACACUGGGGAAAAGCCGUUCGAGUGCACAGCUGAUGGAUGCAAUCAGAAAUUUGGAACAAAAUCAAACUUAAAGAAGCACAUUGAGCGCAAGCAUCAAAAUCAGCAAAAGCAAUAUGUGUGCGACUUUGAAGGCUGUAACAAGUCUUUCAGGAAACAUCAACAACUUAAAGUUCAUCAAUGUCACCACACCAAUGAACCUCCCUUCAAAUGUAAUAAUGAAGGAUGUGGAAAGCACUUUUCUACUCCAAGUCGACUAAAGCGGCAUGAGAAGAUACAUGAAGGCUAUGCAUGCAAGAAAGAAAACUGCUCAUAUACUGGAAAAACUUGGACAGAGCUUCUGAAACAUAAUAAAGUCAGUCAUACAGAGCCGAUAGUUUGCAGUGAGUGUUACAAAACUUUUAAACGGAAAGACUACCUCAAGCAGCAUCAAAAAACACAUGCUGUGGAGAGGGAAGUCUGCCAAUGCCCGAGAGAAGGAUGUGGGAGAACUUACACAACCAUAUUUAACCUUCAAAGCCAUAUCCUCUCUUUUCAUGAGGAGAAAAAACCAUUCUCUUGUGAUUAUCCAGGCUGUGGAAGAGUGUUUGCAAUGAAGCAGAGCCUAGCAAGGCACGCAGUUGUACAUGAUCCUGAAAAGAGGAAGAUGAACUUGAAAGCAAAGCGUUCUCGUCCUAAGAGGAGCUUAGCCUCUCGUCUGAGCGGCUACAUUCCUCCUAAAACGCAGCCAGGAAAGGAUGCUGUUCUGACAGAAAGCAAGGCAGUGGAUAAGCCCGUCGAAAAUGAAAUACCAACUGUUGAAAUUCUGACUCUGCAGUAAAGAUUAACUGAGACAACAUUCUUUAUGGAACGACCCGUGCAAAGCUCAACAAUAACUUUAUUAAAAGUUUAGAGUUUGUGGGGGGGGGUUUAAAUAAAAAAUCAAUAUUGUUUACACGUCUUCAUAAA